GUCACACCCGCAAUUCGACUAAACAUCUUUUGGCUACAGCGAGUCCUCAACGUUAUCCAUCAUUCCCAAAAACAUCACUGGUACUCGAACCAAAGGAAACUUCACCAAUAUUACUAGAACCUCAUUCACCAUCAACGUCUUCAUACAUAUCAUAUUUCUGA